AAUGCAUACGAUAGACCUUGGCUUUAUUUCUUUGUAUCACACUUUACAAUGUAACGCAAAGGAAACAAAGCUUUUCACUGUAUCUUAUUGGAGUAAAAGAUGUCGUGAAGUGAAUUCAAGGGCUGGCUUUUGUCGGUCAAGACCAGUCGAGCGCAAUAUUCGAAACAAGUUUAUCGCUUCCGUUGCAUCGACAACUGUACAAGUUGGCAUUUUAGGUGCUUCAGGAUAUACUGGAGCGGAGCUACUUCGAAUACUUUCAAAGCAUCCACAUGUUCAAGUUAAAGUCGUUACUGCUGAGAGGUCAGCUGGAAAGUCUUAUGGAGAAGUUUUUGGACAAUUCCAAUAUAAGAACGGUCACAACUCGUUACCCGAAACUUUGAUAGAUGUUUCUAGUUUAUUAGAAAACUCCAAACUUUUGAACAGUUUACAAGUCAUUUUUUGUUGUCUUCCACACGGAACUAGUCAAGCCUAUAUCUCACAAAUUCCUUCGAGCAUUCGAAUUGUUGACUUGUCGGCAGAUUUUCGGCUUCAAGAACCCACAAGUUAUCAGAAGUGGUAUGGAAAAGAACAUAAAGCUGUAGACUUGCAGAAAGAAGCUGUAUAUGGACUUGUCGAGGUUAAUCGUGCUUCCAUCCGAAAUGCUCGUCUAGUUGCCAAUCCAGGUUGUUAUCCAACAGCAGCUCAACUAGCUCUGAUUCCUUUAUUGAAACAUCGCUUGAUAGAUCCGAAUGAUAUAGUUAUUGAUGCCAAAUCGGGAGUUUCUGGAGCAGGUCGAGCCUUAAGAGAAACUUCCCUGUUUUGUGAGGUUCACGAAGGUAUUCACGCAUAUGGAGUUGGUUCGCAUCGUCAUAUUCCUGAAAUUGAACAAGGACUUAGUGAGGCUUGUGGUCACUCUGUCGUUGUUAACUUUACUCCGCACUUGAUUCCUAUGUCUCGUGGUAUUUUAGAAAGUAUUUAUGUCAAGUUGUCUUCAGGAGUAGGAAUAACGGAAGUGAGAAAGUGUUUAGAAGAAACUUAUGCUAAUGAACAUUUUGUUACUCUUCUUAGUGAAGGAAUAGUUCCACAAACCCGUUUUGUCAAAGGAACCAACCAUUGUCUCUUGAAUGUUUUUCAAGAUCGAAUAUCAAAUCGAAUUAUUUUAUUUUCUGCCAUCGACAAUUUAGUGAAAGGAGCUUCCGGUCAAGCUGUUCAAAAUAUGAAUCUUUUAUGUGGCUUUCCAGAAGAAACGGCGUUGCAAGAUGUUGCCUUGUUUCCUUGAGUAUUUAUCUUUAUUGAUGAUCAUAAAAAGAAUAUAUUUGGG